AUGGCCCGGGAAGCCAGGCCCGCUGCGCCCAGGGUGCGGAAGGGCUGGGUGUUCUUGCCUGUGUCCUCUGUGGGUGACUGCCAGGCGCUGUGGCCGUCGCCCGCCGCGCCACGCUCCGAAGCCCCGCACCUUGGCCGGCACCUGUGCCAGCACCAGCCACCGAGGGUGAGCCGGCUGCCCUGUGCUCCUCUGAGUGACCCCCCUCCCCCCGACACCCUGGGAGUCAGCGUCAGGGGCGGCGAGAGCCCACUUCCUGGGGAGGCCCGGGAGGGCCCCACAGCAAGCUCCGGGCUGGAUGGUCUCCGGGAGGUUUGGAUGCUUCAUUUUCCGCCUCCUGACCAACCCGGAGCUCGGCCUCCAGCCUGUGGGAAACCCCCUCCCCCUGAGGAGGAGGAGGAGGACUUGGAGGACGAGAAGGAGGCCCCUGGAGGUUCCCAGGAACCCAGUGACGGAGGAGGUGGGGCUAAGCCUACGCUCUUAGCCCAGUGUGUCACCAUCCUGCCAAGGCCACCAGCGCCCUCUGUGGCCUUGGCUGAGCCCACGUUGAAGGCAGUGACGGGCAAGGCCUGCGUGGCCGCCUGGACGGGGGCCUGGAGCCCAAUUCCUCGCAGCCGAGACCUCCCCAUAGCUGCAGCUAGGCCCCAACCCUGGUUCCCCGAGACCCUGUGCAGAGCUUCCUCUGCGGGGAGCAUCCUGGCGGUGGAACGGUCUGAACAGCUACGGUUGUUCUCGGGGCUGCUUGUGACCCCCGGGGAAGAGCAGUCUUCCUUGCCUGCGGUCUGCGCCGAGCCGCUGUUUCCGGGCUCCCGGCGGAGUCGCAGCGUGUGGGACGCAGUGCGCCUGGAGGUGGGCGGCCCCGACAGCUGCCCGGUGGUGCUGCACAGCUUCACCCAGCUCGACCCGGACCUGCCGCGCCUGGAGAGCUGCACGCAGGAGAUCGGCGAGGAGCUGGUCAACGGGGUCAUCCAUUCCAUCUCCCUGCGGAAGGUGCAGGCACACCACGGCGCCAACAAGGGCCAACGCUGGCUCGGGUGUGAAAAUGAGUCAGCCCUGAACCUGUAUGAGACCUGCAAGGUGCGGACGGUGAAGGCCGGCACGCUGGAGAAGCUGGUGGAGCACCUGGUGCCCGCCUUCCAGGGCAGCGACCUCUCCUACGUCACCAUCUUCCUGUGCACGUACCGAGCCUUCACCACUACCCAGCAGGUGCUGGACCUGCUGUUCAAAAGAUACGGAUGCAUCCUUCCUUAUUCUGACGAGGACGGCGGACCCCAGGACCAACUGAAAAAUGCCAUCUCCUCCAUUCUGGGCACCUGGCUGGACCAGUACUCGGAGGACUUCUGUCAGCCCCCAGACUUUCCCUGCCUCAAGCAGCUGGUGGCCUAUGUGCAGCUCAACAUGCCUGGUUCUGACCUAGAGCGCCGUGCCCAGCUUCUCCUGGCCCAGCUGGAGCACGCAGAGCUCACGGAGGCCGAGCCCGAGGCUCUGCCGCCAGCUCCAGCGCCACUUCUAAAACCAGCUCCGGAACUAGAGCCGGCUUUGGCACCUGAGUCAGAACCAGAGCUAGAGCCGGCUCCAACACCGGCUCCAGAACCAGAGCUAGAGCCGGCUCCGGAACCGGCUCCAGCCCCAGCUCCGGAACUAGAGCCAGCUCUAUCGCAAACUGUAGACCUGGAGGCAGCUCCGGUGCCCGAGCCUCCCUGGCCGUCACCUGUGGCUGCAGAAAAUGGCCUGAAUGAGAAGCCUCACCUCUUGGCCUUCCCUCCCGACCUGGUGGCAGAGCAGUUCACACUGAUGGAUGCGGAGCUGUUCAAGAAGGUGGUGCCCUACCACUGCCUGGGCUCCAUCUGGUCCCAGCGGGACAAGAAGGGCAAGGAACACCUGGCUCCCACUGUCCGCGCCACGGUCACCCAGUUCAACAGUGUGGCCAACUGCGUCAUCACCACCUGCCUGGGGGACCGGACUGUGACGGCCCGGGACAGGGCCAGGGUGGUGGAGCACUGGAUCGAGGUGGCCAGGGAGUGCCGUGUCCUCAAGAACUUCUCGUCUCUCUACGCCAUCCUGUCGGCCCUGCAGAGCAACUCCAUCCACAGGCUGAAGAAGACGUGGGAAGAAGUUUCCAGGGACAGCUUCCGCAUCUUCCAGAAGCUGUCGGAGAUUUUCUCGGAUGAGAACAACUACUCACUGAGCAGAGAGCUGCUCAUCAAGGAGGGCACCUCCAAGUUUGCCACCCUGGAGAUGAACCCCAAGAGAGCCCAGAAGCGGCCAAAGGAGACGGGUGUCAUCCAGGGCACCGUUCCCUACCUGGGCACCUUCCUCACAGACCUGGUGAUGCUGGACACCGCGAUGAAGGACUAUCUGUAUGGGAGACUGAUCAACUUCGAGAAGCGGAGGAAGGAAUUCGAAGUGAUCGCCCAGAUCAAGCUGCUCCAGUCGGCCUGCAACAAUUAUAGCAUCACACCCGAGGAGCACUUUGGGGCCUGGUUCCGGGCCAUGGAGCGACUCAGCGAGACGGAGAGCUACAACCUGUCGUGUGAGCUGGAGCCCCCCUCCGAGUCGGCCAGCAACACCCUCAAGGCCAAGAAGAACGCGGCCAUCGUCAAGCGCUGGAGCGACCGCCAGGCCCCCAGCACGGAGCUCAGCAGCAGCGGCAGCUCCCACUCCAAGUCCUGUGACCAGCUCAGGUGCGGCCCCUACCUCAGCAGCGGGGACAUCGCCGACGCACUCAGCGUCCACUCGGCCGGCUCCUCCAGCUCCGACGUGGAGGAGAUCAAUGUGAGCUUCGUCCCGGAGUCCCCCGAUGGUCAGGAAAAGAAGUUCUGGGAGUCGGCCUCCCAGUCGUCCCCGGAGACCUCCGGCAUCAGCUCGGCUUCCAGCAGCGCGUCCUCCUCCUCAGCCUCCACCACGCCCGUGGCUGCCACGCGCACCCACAAGCGCUCCGUCUCAGGGGUCUGCAGCCACAGCGCCUCACUGCCCCUCUACAACCAGCAGGUGGGCGACUGCUGCAUCAUCCGCGUCAGCCUGGAUGUGGACAACGGCAACAUGUACAAGAGCAUCCUGGUAACCAGCCAGGACAAGGCUCCAGCCGUCAUCCGCAAGGCCAUGGACAAACACAACCUGGAUGAGGAUGAGGCCGACGAGUACGAGCUCGUGCAGGUUAUCUCCGACGACCGCAAGCUGAAGAUCCCGGACAACGCCAACGUGUUCUACGCCAUGAACUCUACUGCCAACUACGACUUUGUCCUAAAGAAACGGACCUUCACAAAGGGGGCAAAGGUCAGGCAUGGCGCCAGCUCGACUCUCCCUCGCAUGAAGCAGAAAGGGCUCAGGAUCGCCAAGGGCAUCUUCUAA